AUGCCUACCCAAACGAGAUCUUCUCGAUCAUCUUUCGAAAACAGUCCCAAUCAGAUGCUAUCCGACUGGGAUUCUUCAGCAGAGACCACCGCACCAAGUGGAGCUCUCACACCACCCACUGGUUUCGCUUCAACAUGGACCGACUUCAUGCCUCCAACUAGUUCUCAUAGCAAUAUUCUAGCACCCGAUAUGUCACAAAGAUCACUAUCUUCCGAUAUCCUAUCCAUGGAUCCGACAUUAUUGGAGAGGAUUGCGUUCAGCCUUGAACAAUUCCCACCAGAGCCGAAUCCUACAAGAAUCGGCUUUUCUAUGGCCGAUUUCACAUCAAACAAUACUCACACGAAUACUCUACAUACACCGUCUGCUGUCCCGAUGGCAAUUUCAAAUGGUCAGAGCCGGUUUGAUAUCAGCCAUGAGCCCAUUUCAUCGCUCGAGACAAGCGCAUAUUAUCCGUCUUUAUUGCCCAUUACGGAUCAGCUACUGGACGUUCGCCGGCCUCAGCAGUUUACUCCUUCCCCAGACUAUGUGACAGCUUUUGGUUUACCCGAACCUCAAUAUCUGAGACCGGUGCCGCAGAAGAAAACACCAACUGAAGAAUCGGCUAGGAGUGUCUCGCCUUCCUCUCAAGACUCAGAUGGGGACCAUCUUCAGGAAAAGCGACGGCGAAACAAAUUGGCUGCUCGGAGAUUACGACAGAAGAAGAUAAAUCAAAUGUCUGAUCUUGAAGCAAGACUGGAAGAAAUGACAAAAGAAAGAGAUGAUUUACGAUUGAAAGCUGCCAAAUGGGAGGGAGAAGUCAUGGUAUUGAGACAAUUGCUUAAGGAGACCGUCAAAUGA